UACUGAAGACUUGUGCGCAGUAUGGAGAAAGUGUUUUGUCGUGAAGAAGUGUGUAUGAAUGGAUAGAGAAGUUCAAGGAAGGUCGCACAAGUGUUAGCCAUCAAGAAGGAGCCAGAUUCACUUCUGAUGAAAAAGUGAAGACAGCAGUGCAUUUGUGGCUCACAGCCCAGCCUAAAACAUGUUUUAGUGAGGGAAUACGAAAGCUUGUUGACAGAAGGACGAAGUGUAUUGAGAAGCAAGGAGAUUAUGUCGAAAAAUGAUGUAUUUGUCUUUUCUAAAAGUUAAUUAAAAUAAACACUACAGCCAGAGUGUGGAUGAUUUUUGACUCAUCCUCUUAUUUAUAGAGAGAGAAGAGUAUGGCUGACAGGUUAGACUCUAGGGUAUAAAAGAUAGGGUUGGUUUUCGUAUUUGAUUUUGCAUAGUCUUAUUUUUACUUUGUGAUAGAUAGGUAGAGAUAUUUAUAUCUUUGGCAGUCUUUUUCCUGAAAAUCUCAAAAGGUUUAUAAAUAUGUACAGCAGGCAGUGUGGUUUUUGGAAAGAUUACUAAAACUCAGAUUCAUAAGAUCUUUCUGUUCUUGUCCUAUUUCUACUAAUAAUAAUUUGGGUGAUUUUUUUUUUUUUAACAAAUUCCUUAACCUUUGGGAUCUGUUCCCUCAUCUGUACAAUCAGGUGGUUGAGGUUUUUGAUCUGUCAGUUUGGGCCAGAUCAAAAAUGCUGGGGUUCUCAGAUGUGUUGCUUAAACCACAGAACACUAUUAAUGUGUGCCCUACUCACAUGUUUUUUCCUUCAUUUACAAUAAUAGCUAAGGAGGAACCCAAGUAUUUUGCUGAGAGAUGGUAUGAGGACUUGCGAGAGGGGAGAGUAAUAGUGGCGAGGCUGAAGUUGCACAGGAGACCAGCUUGGGGCUCAGGUCCGAUGAGAAAUGAAUACGUGUCAACACAAGGCCAGUGAGAGAAGGUCAUUACCAGUAGAGAGGCUGGCUAGAGAGAACGUCUGCUAGGUUCAGGCUAAGGAAAAGAGAACAAGUUGAAAUCAUCGCAGAAGGAUAAAGUUCGUCAGUUUAUGAUCUUCACACAAUCUAGUGAAAAAACAGCAGUAAGUUGUCUGUCUCAAAAUGACUGGAAGUUAGAUGUUGCAACAGACAAUUUUUUCCAAAAUCCUGAACUUUAUGUACGAGAGAGUGUAAAAGGAUCAUUGGACAGGAAGAAGUUAGAACAACUGUACAAUAGAUACAAAGAUCCUCAAGAUGAAAAUAAAAUUGGAAUAGAUGGUAUACAGCAGUUCUGUGAUGACCUGGCACUCGAUCCAGCCAGCAUUAGUGUGUUGAUCAUUGCGUGGAAGUUCAGAGCAGCAACACAGUGUGAGUUCUCCAAACAAGAGUUCAUGGACGGCAUGACAGAAUUAGGAUGUGACAGCAUAGAAAAACUAAAGGCCCAGAUACCCAAGAUGGAACAAGAAUUGAAAGAACCAGGACGAUUUAAGGAUUUUUACCAGUUUACUUUUAAUUUUGCAAAGAAUCCAGGACAAAAAGGAUUAGAUCUAGAAAUGGCCAUUGCCUACUGGAAUUUAGUGCUUAAUGGAAGAUUUAAAUUCUUAGACUUAUGGAAUAAGUUUUUGUUGGAACAUCAUAAACGAUCAAUACCAAAAGAUACUUGGAACCUUCUUUUAGACUUCAGUACAAUGAUUGCAGAUGACAUGUCUAAUUAUGACGAGGAAGGAGCAUGGCCUGUUCUUAUUGAUGACUUUGUGGAAUUUGCACGCCCUCAAAUUGCUGGGACAAAAAGUACAACAGUGUAGCACUAAAGGAACCUUCUAGAAUGUACAUAGUCUGUACAAUAAAUACAACGGAAAAUUGCA